AAGACACCUUUUAUUUAUGUAAAAAAAGGAUCUCGUGUUCUCGUUUCUUUUCUCGCGAGACUUCGAGACCCGACUGGCAUGGGGACGAGGGGACUAUUUGGGAUGAGUUUCCCACGCGGACACCAUCAUUUAUGAGGGCAUACGUUUGUGUUUACUGGAAAAACAGUGCUACGACUAUAAGUUGGAACAAUUUAGGACCUUGAAGGCUGGAUUUUACUCAUAAAGGAGAAGGCGUUUCCCGCCUGCGACCAUCAUCAUCCGGAGGAAAACGAGCUUCCUUUGGGAGGAUUCCUUCAAAACAAGUCAGCUGGAAGCAUCAGCUGACUUUUGCAAGAUCAAAGUUUAAUCGGAUUUUUGGAAGGCAUAUAUUAUUAUUAUUAUUACCAUUAAUAUUCGUAAUGUGAAGAAACACCGGGGCUAGAUACUCCCCGAUCCCGCGGAGAGAGUGUCCAUUCUUUCCUGGCUGGAGAAAGGCCAGAAGUCUGGAUCUCCAUCCAUCAUCGGUAAAUCCCGGACCAGCCCGGUUCCGUCAUCAUGGUUGACGCGCAGGGACAACGGGAGGCGUUUUAAACGCGUUCGAAGGGAGAGUCGGAACGCCGACAUGGACAAACCCACCGUGAUAUCCGGUUGUCUGUUCCUGGCUGCAGACAUUUUCGCCAUCGCCAGCGUCGCCAAUCCGGACUGGAUCAACACCGGAGAUUCUUCCGGAUCCCUGAACGUUGGUUUAGUCCAGCAGUGCCAGACCAUCCACGGGCGAGAUCGGACCUGCUUCCCCCCUCAGCUGCCCGGAGAAUGGGUCACCACGCUCCUUUUCAUCGUCCUGGGCAUCAUCUCUCUCACCGUCACCUGCGGCUUGCUGGUGAUGUCGCACUGGCACCCCGAGGCCACCCGCUACGCCCGAUGGAUCGCCUUUACAGGAAUGGUUCUGUUCUGCAUGGCGGCGCUCAUCUUUCCCAUCGGCUUCUACGUCAGCGAGGUGGGAGGGCAGCCGUACAAGCUGCCCAACAACACCAUGGUGGGCUCCUCCUACGUGCUCUUCAUCAUGUCCAUAUUCUUCACCACAGUGGGACUCCUGUUCGCCGGGAAGGUUUGCUUUCCCGGCUGACGCGCCACAGAGUUUGAAUUCACCUCUUCAGGGGGUCAGAUGUUCAAAAGGCUCCGAGAUGUGAGUGGACCUUCAAAAUAAAAGCUUUCAAAAGGGGCCUUAAGAAGAGCACAGCCAUAACUAAAAAAAUUUAGGUACAAGAUGUACAUAAUUGAUUCAACUCAUGGGUUGUCUUCCCUGCUAACAUAUUUGACACUAUUUAUUUAAAAGCACUAUUUUGUUAAUUUGUAAAUUUAUUUUUCACAGCUUCUCCCAGUGUUUUCGGUCGACCACGUUGCCUUAAAAAUGUUUUUUUGGACCAAUAUUGUUGUUUUAGGAAGGAUCCCAGGAAAGAGAGACGGUAAACGAUGAUUAAAUAAACUGAUGUUUUGCUGAAUUAAACUUUUUUUUAGUGAGGUAGGGUAUGUACUCACUUUUUAAAGUCAUUUUUCUCCUUUUUAUGCAUUAAACAAAAAGUUUUGCACAUUUGAAGUCUUCUUUGGACGUGGUUACUGUCUUUAAUAGAGUAAUUAUGCAGCAUUAAAGGUAAUUGUUCAAGCAUUUAUAGUAAAAAAAUAAUUGAUGAGCUUUUUUUUUUUUAAAUGAGUUUUGAAACUGACCAAAUGUUUUCUUUAGAAAAACUUCUUUAUUCAAGACAGCUGCACACCUCCAUAGUUGUCUGUAUUUUUUAUGAAAGAAGAGACAAGAAGUCUUGUCACAUUGUUAUGUAAUGUUUGAGAACAAAAUUAGAAUAAUCUCAUUAAAAGUGACUCAAAUGUC